AAUGAAGGCAGAUACUUGGAGUACUGCAGCUCAAUGUUCUGCAAAUUACUUUGUUGUUCAUUUAUUUUAAAGCUUUCAAUAUCUCUGUUGUUGAUUACUCACAACACAUCAGGUGGUCUCAUUUUCAUCUCAUUUGCUCUUCACGUUUGUGGUUGUCUCUAUCACACCAGCAGGGGCCCCUUAUGUUGCAUCACCAGAGAGGCAAUAAAAAUGUGAACCAUGAUCAUACAGAGAUUCAUUUCUCUUACACUUCUGAAAGAUGAAGACCAAAAUCAAUAAGAAGUCUGUUUUGAAGUUUUCUGGAAUACUGCUGUUAAUCCUCCUCCUUUCAGUUUUAAUUUUGUUUUCUGUUGUGAUCGGUAAAACAUAUACAUUCAAAGUGAACACAGAACUUGGACAAUGGGAAAAUACAACUACCAUUUAUCCCGAUUUAAGUCCAGAACAGAGAGAGAAUCUGCUGCAGAAUUUCAAAGUGGCAAUUCAGAUUCCCACAGUGUCAUUUUCCGAGUCGGAUCAGAACAUAAGCGCCCUGCAAGAGUUUGACCAGCUACUAAGGAGGGUCUUCCCAAAGGUCUUCUCGUCCAGCCUGGUCAAACAUGAGCUGGUGGGAAACUACAGCCAUCUGUUCACGGUACCAGGGAGAGAGCCUGAUCUGGAGCCUUACAUGCUGCUGGCUCACAUUGAUGUAGUGCCGGCCGAUGAGGCGGAUGGGUGGGACGCUCCUCCUUUCUCUGCUCAAGAGAUCAAUGGCUUCAUUUAUGGACGAGGAACCAUCGACAACAAACAGUCUGUGAUGGGGAUCCUUCAGGCGCUGGAAUACCUGCUGGAACGAGGUUACACCCCUCGGAGAAGCUUCUAUAUUGGUUUGGGUCAUGAUGAGGAGAUUAGUGGCACAGAAGGUGCUGUGAAUAUUGUGAAACUGUUGAAGAGUCGAGGGGUGAAGCUUCUGUAUGUUUUAGAUGAAGGUCUCACAAUUAUGGAUGGUGUGGUAGAUGGCCUCAACGAACCUGCUGCCCUAAUUGGUGUCAGUGAGAAGGGUCAGGCCACAGUAAAGCUGAGUGUCAGCAGCGCUCCAGGACAUUCAUCCAUGCCGCCCAGAGAGAGCAGCAUUGGCAUCUUGGCUUCAGCUGUCAGAAGUUUGGAGAAGAACCGGAUGCCCAAUCUUUUUGGUCAUGGUCCUGAGCGUGCCACAUUUGAGCACCUGGCACAUAAGUUUGGCUGGCCACACAGAAUGAUCAUGUCUAAUCUGUGGCUCUUCUCUUCACUGCUCAGCGGUAUUUUGGAAGGACAGCCUGACACAAAUGCCUUUGUAAGGACAACAACUGCCGUCACAAUGUUUAACUCGGGUGUGAAGAUUAAUGUCAUGCCGGCAUAUGCUGAGGCUUUUGCCAAUUUCCGUAUCCACUCAUCCCAGACGUUGCAGGAGGUUCUAAAGCUGAUUGAAUCCACCAUAUCUGAUGAGCGUGUGAAGGUAGAGUUUGUGAGUGGAUUUGACCCUCUGCCCGUCAGCUCCUAUGAUGACGAUACAUUUGGGUACCAGAUCAUAAAGAAAACUGUGAAGGACAUUUUCCCUCAGGUCACUGUAUCUCCUGGGAUCUGCGUGGGUAACACUGACAGCCGGCACUACACAGAACUGUCUCCAGACAUUUAUCGCUUUGCCCCAUCAUGGUACAAACCCGGUGAUACUGCAAGAUUCCACGGUGUGAAUGAGAGAAUCUCCAUCCAAAACUAUGAAGAGAUCGUGCUGUUCUACUUUCAGCUCAUGCAGAAUAGUGACAUUAGGAACUUGCCGGCUCCUCGCACCUAAAAUGAACAGAUGUCAUGCUUUGGAAUUCUGUGGAAUUUAUAAGCUUUGUUCUGACUGAAUGAACGUGAAUAUGAAAUCUCCACAAAAUAUAUUUUAUUCUAUGUUCAUGUACAGUACUCUUCAAAAGGGGUCAGUCAAAAAUUAUUGUAAGUGCAGAAAAUGUAUGUCUUUUAUUUUGUAUUUUUUCUUGUAUGUAUUUCCGGGUAUGUUGGUCACGCGCUGGUUGGUGCAGGUAUUUACGUAAGUCUUUCCUGUUUUUGAAUGUAGGUGCGUAGAGAGGGGGUGGGUAGCUGGGAAUGCUCACUUUCUGUUGACUAACAUGUAGCGGCAACCUAUAGCCGCUGAGAGGCUAAGCAGCAGCCAGGACAAAACUGUGUGACGCGUUUAUUUCUCAUGCAUUUAAAACCAAGUACAUUUUAUUGUUGUUUUGAUUAAAUAUAGUCAAUGAAAAGAAAAUACUUGAAACUGUAGACAGGUUGAGAAUGGUUAAAAACGGUCAACAGAAAGUGAGCAUUCCCAGCUACGCACCUACAUUCAAAAACAGGAAACACUUACGUAAAUA